CCUAUCUGGGCUGCUCACGCCCCUCUGGACAAGGGCGGCGAUGUGCCGCCGCUCGGAGACCGAGCGCUGCGGGCAGGCCAUUUCCCAGACCCGCCCCCUUCGGCUGCGGGAAUGCUAAAGCGUGGCAGGGGCCGGCCCGGGAAGCGGAGGAGGCGGGUCUCCAUAGAAACCUCCACCUGUUUCCGGCCAGCCUGUGUGAAAUUAGGGGCUGUUGCGGGGGCCAAUCUCAGCCAGCUCGCUUCUUCCCGGCGGCCCCUGCGGGCGCGGUGGGUGUUGUACACAAUCAUCAUGGCGGCGGCCGGAGCCCCGGAUGGCGUGGAGGAACCAGGCAUGGACACGGAGGCCGAGGCUGUGGCCACCGAGGCGCCCGCACGGCCCCUCAACUGCGUGGAGGCCGAAGCAGCCGUAGGGGCAGCGUCGGAGGACUCCUGCGACGCGCGAGGCAACCUGCAGCCGGCCCCGGCCCAGCCCCCUGGAGACCCCGCGGCCCAGGCCUCGGUCAGCAACGGCGAGGACGCGGGCGGCGGUGUGGGCAAGGAACUGGUGGAUCUGAAGAUAAUCUGGAACAAGACCAAGCACGACGUGAAGGUUCCUCUGGACAGCACGGGUUCAGAGCUAAAGCAAAAGAUUCACUCCAUUACAGGUCUCCCACCUGCCAUGCAGAAGGUCAUGUAUAAGGGACUUGUUCCUGAAGACAAGACGUUGAGAGAAAUAAAAGUGACCAGUGGGGCCAAGAUCAUGGUGGUUGGCUCUACUAUAAAUGAUGUUUUAGCAGUAAACACCCCAAAAGAUGCUGCCCAGCAGGAUGCAAAGGCUGAAGAAAACAAGAAGGAGCCCCUGUGCAGGCAGAAGCAACACAGGAAAGUGUUGGACAAAGGAAAACCUGAAGAUGUGAUGCCGUCUGUUAAGGGUGCCCAGGAGCGCCUACCAACGGUACCCUUGUCUGGCAUGUACAAUAAGUCUGGAGGGAAAGUGAGGCUCACCUUUAAGCUAGAGCAAGACCAGCUGUGGAUCGGCACUAAAGAACGGACUGAGAAACUGCCCAUGGGCUCCAUUAAAAAUGUGGUCAGUGAACCUAUUGAAGGACAUGAAGACUACCACAUGAUGGCGUUUCAGUUGGGCCCCACGGAAGCCUCUUACUACUGGGUGUACUGGGUUCCAACUCAAUAUGUGGAUGCAAUCAAAGACACUGUGCUGGGCAAGUGGCAGUAUUUUUGAAAGCACUUUCACCUCUGGCCCAGGAGACUGACCCAAAGUGAAGGACAUUGCCGGGAGAGGUCCGCAGCAUCCCUGGAUUGCAGAGUUCUGGGACUUUGUUCACACACACACAAAAAUCUCUAUUCAAUCUGAGGUGAUGUGGUGACUGAAGCCAGAGGUGAUGUACUUUCACCAUUAGCUUAAUUUGAACUUAAAAUCACCGGUUCCCUUUCUUGCAGUCAGCUUCAUACCAUUUUUAAAGUCAGUAUGGUGGAAAUUAAUAAAUCCAAGUUUGGAACAUGUGUGGAAUACUCUUAUCCUCUUCAGUCUGUUUGAGAGUAGACCUGCCAGGAGUGCUGAGAGGCAACAACCAAGAGCGUUCUGGCUGCUGGCUUUUUUCUUUGCUCAUUCUCUUUCUUUCUUUUUUCCUUUCUUUUUUUUCCUUUUUCUUUCUUUCUUUUUUUUUUUUCUUCCUAGAAAUGAUAUCAACUGAAAUCUUCAGAUGUUUUUGGUUGCAAACAUUUGGACUGCGUUAUGAUGAGUCUGGUUGGUUUUUUUCUUUUUCUUUUUUCCUUGGUAUUAAAAUUGUAUGCAAAAUGGGGGUGGUGAGUAAGCCAUAUAUUUUUGUGUGUGUGCUCAUUGAUUCAGAUAUAUUUUUUGUUUGUUUUAUUAUUUCCCUAUGAUUUUGUUUUAAACCCAAAGAUGCCAGUUUCUCUUUUGUACCUCAUUUUCACCUCUUUGCCAGGCUCUUCCAUGUGCUGCUGCUUGGGAAUGCACAUGAACAGUAACAGCUGUGGUCUUGGUAUAGGGCUUCCCAUCUCGCUGUGGUGGUCUUCAAACAGCAGAGUAUCUCUCACUUGACUCCUGUGUAUCCUUUGGAUCCCUGUUCUGAGGCAUUCCACUGCUGGUUUGCUUGUUGACAGCCUUCCUUUAGCUUGACUUUAAAGCCCUGCCUAUCACCACAGCCUCGGAUUUGCUGCUCCAAGGCCCCAUACUCUGAGGAGCCGGCUUGCUGUAUAGCCACACAUCAUACACUUUAUUUUUUGGGAAGCUUCCCAGAACUCCUUAAGCAGUCCAAUGGUUGAUUGAAUUAUGCUUCUCCAUUCAGUCCUUCUGCUCAUGCGUUCAGUUCAAGUGUCCUUUAUCCCAGGUUCAGAGAUGCUGCCUUUCUCAUGGAAGACCUUUGACCCAGUGGGUCAGCAAGUGGUAUUCCAACAACAGAGAUGGGAUAAGUUGCUUUCCAGACCAGCUUGCUCUCCUGGUUUUAGCCCUGACGUUCUUUGUACAUGUGAACUGCUGUCUUUUCCGUAAACCUUGAUUGA